AUGAGCGCUUCAAUGGACCCAACUGUCCGUAGGUCCACCACGCGGCCCCGCAAGCGCAAGCCGAAGUCAGUAACGUUCACUGGGUGCUGGACUUGUAGAUCUCGAAAGGUCAAAUGUGACGAGCGACAGGAGGAUGGAUGUGGAGUUUGCCAGAAAUCUGGCUUGCAGUGUGCUGGUUAUGGUGUCAAUCUGUGUUGGGUUACUGGCAAGAAGCAAGAUAUCCAGGGCCUGGGCCGUAGGCAGAUCAGAUCUGAUCGGCUGUGUCUGCCUACCAUUCGGGAUGAUGAGAUCAAUCGACUCUUGUCGGUAAUCGACACGGUCUCGACUCCCUUACAUACCGUCACUAAGGGUCCAUUUGGCAUCUUUCAAGCCGACCCUGCUUUAUCUCAGGAGGUUGACUGCAUGACAGCCGAAGAAGAAAGCAUUAGUGGAUGUGAUAUCGUGACACAUACGAACACUAUAUCCGACGACCAUAACCUUCCAAGCCAAGAGGCUUUUGAAGACAUAUUGUCUGACCUGUUUUCGAACGACCUCAUAAUUCAAAAUGCCGCUUUGGAUGAGGCGAUAUUCCCCAGCUGGGAUUCAUCGUUGUCUGUCUCAAAUUCACCCAGUCACAUCAACUCGCAUGCGACAACACACGAAUCCAGUGCGUUAGACCCGUCGCCAUAUCACGAGCUGACAAUGCCUCUCGUCGAAGAUCCCAACAUAUCUCUGUUAUUGCACCACUACCAAACUCAUGUUGCAGAUCUUUUACAGCCAGUCUUCCAUGACAGAAACCCUUGGCGAACGACGUAUUUCCCAUUCGCGCUUCAGGGUUGUCCCGACUCAAUCAUGGCUCAGAUUCCACAGGCCCCUUCUGGUGUCUUCUCAUCACUCUUUCAUAGCUUGAUCUCGGCCGCAGCAUUUCAUCUGCGUAACCUCUUAGACGGUUCGCCCAAAUAUCAUAAAAUCGGCCUCCAGCACAGAGCAAAAGCUUUGCAGGCCCUCAAUUCAAGUAUCGGGUUAGUCACACCCGCCAGACCUGAACAGUACAUGGUCUAUAUCACAGCAAUGCUUGCCUUAGUCACCAUCGAUACCAUAACUGGAGAAGACUCCGAUUUCCCAGUCCACCUGAAAGGCUGUCGUCAAUUACAAAAGCUCCAACUCGAUUGUCAAUUAAUUGACGGCCCCACUCGUCAAGUCAACAGUAUUUCCCAUUUCUUAAGCCUCUUAACUCGGACAACAACAUACGAUCUUGAACCCAAAAAUUCGAAAAUAGACAGUGAUCUCCUUAAGUCCAUUCAUUUUGACGUCAACGAUUGGAGCAUCGAGUACAUGUACGGAAUUACCCCGACUCUAGGAAAUCUCUUGAAGAAGACCUGCCAAGCCGCCGAGCGCUUGUCUUUCUACCAGGAUCAAGACAUCCCCUUGCCUCUACUAGAGACAUGCACAGCAAUAGAAGACAGACUCUUAUCCUGGAACAUCGACUCAGAGACGUUACAUCUGAUGGGAUCAAAAGAGCAGACUAUGCGUGAGAUAGUCUACUGUCAGGCUCGAGCAUUUCACAGCGCAAUAGCGAUAUUCUACUAUCGCACGAUCGAACCCUCUCGCUCCGUCAAUCUGGAAAACUACGUUGAAACAAUUUGGGAAAAUCUCAAGCGGGCUGAGGAUCUGAAAGAUGAGUACCUUGCUGGAGAAAAACGUGCCGCUCCCAUGUCCUGGCCGGCUUUCAUUGCGGCAUGCGAAGCCUCUGAUCGUAAACCUUGGGUAGAAUGGUGGGAGCGCAUGCAAGGGUAUGCGUUGGGGAAUUUUACACGGCAGUGGAGGACUAUUCGGGAGAUUUGGUCGAUUAUGGAUGAGAAUAAGAAUGUAGGUAGCUGGAGGGAAGCUUUGAGGCAAUCAGGGAAGUUGGUCCUGCCGAUAUGA